AUGUCUUUCCAAUCCCUUUAUAAAGCUCUUCAAAGAGAGCUCGCUACUAUCCAAAAAAAGUCCUUCAUGGUACAUGCUGCUAAGGAGCUCGAGAGGGAAAAAUCAAAGUUGAACUACCAGAAACUUCAACUCAUAAAGCAGAGAGUGCCUACUACAGAGAUUGAUGCCAAAAUCACUAAUUUACAGAAAAAUGGACUACAGCCACCAAAAUUUGACCACUCCCUUUUGAGGAAAUUGGUAGCUGAACUGGAUUACGUAGAACCAAGCACAAAUUCUCAUCAACAAAAGGUGAAACUACAAUACUUAUCUAAUAUUUCUUCUUUCUUACGCUCUCAAAGAGAGUAUACUGAAUUAUUAGAGAGGUACAAUCCAGGUUUAACUAUGGAUCAAGAAGACAAAGUAAGAAGAACUGCCAAUAGAGUUGGUUUGUCAGUCCCUGAAUAA